AUGCAUUACCUGAAGUUCAUCAUCGCCUUCAUUGGGUAUGCAUCAGGACGUUCAAUUUUAACCGAGAUUAAUUCUCCCUAUAAGAGAGGAGACGACGUUGCGGACUACAAGCGCGGCGACAAUCUGGCAGACUAUAAGCGGGGAGAUGAUCUGGCAGACUACAAGCGGGGAGAUGAUCUUGCAGAUUCCAAAUGA